AUGCUCACCAAAACCACGGAGAAAGUGGACAUGUUUGAGAAAAUUGUAUUGCCCAGAUCUUCUUCUUUGAGGUUGAAAAAGGUUGUUUUGAGGGCACCGCGUGAUGGUUGCUUGAAAGGUCUGUUCAAGUCGAAGCCGCGGACUCCGGCCGAUGUUGUAAGGCAGACCAGGUCCUUGCUUAUUGAACUCGAGUCCAAUGCCGGACGUGGUGGGACCAAACGUGACGAGAAGAUGGCCGAAUUAAAUAAACUCAUCCAGGAGAUGAAGUCGAUUCUUUAUGGAAAUGAUGAAUCAGAGCCUGACGUGGAAGCUUGUGCACAACUAACUCAAGAGUUCUUUAGAGACAACACACUGCGUCUCCUUAUUAUUUGUCUUCCAAAGUUGAACUUGGAGGCUCGUAAUGAGGCCACCCAAGUCGUUGCAAAUUUGCAAAGGCAACUGGUUCAUUCACAUUUGAUUGCUUCUGAUUAUUUGGAAAUCAACCUAGAUCUUAUGGAUCAUUUGAUAUCUGGGCAUGUUUUGGAAUCAGAGCACAUGAAGAAGUUCUUUGACUACAUACAACUUCCAAAUUUUGAUGUUGCUGCAGAUUCUGCAGCUACCUUCAAGGAUCUUUUGACCAGGCACAAGUCUACUGUUGCGGAAUUUCUUUCUAGAAAUUAUAAUUGGCUAUUGGGAGAUUUGUUGCUUAAUCGCUCAAAUUCUGCUGUGAUGGUUCGCUAUGUGAGCUCAAAGGAUAGCUUAAGGAUUAUAAUGAAUCUUAUGAGGGAGUCAAGCAAGAACAUCCAGAUGGACGCAUUUCACGUGUUCAAGCUCUUUGUGGCUAAUGAAAAUAAGCCUCCUGACAUUGUCAAUGUGCUCGUUGCCAAUAGAAGCAAGCUUCUACGAUUACUUGGUGUCUUCAAGGCUGACACAGGUGAGGAUCAAUCAUUUGAGGCAGACAAAGCUGAAGUCGUAAAAGAAAUUGCAGAAUUGGAACCCCAAGCACCAGUGAAUGUGUCGGGAGAAUUGUAUAAAGAUCUCGUGAUUUAG